AUGUUGCCAAACCUUAAGCACAAGAAACUCAUCGGAAGCGGGAGUUUCGGGAACGUUUACAGAGCCAAAUUGGAUGGCAAACCAGUUGCAGUGAAAAUCCUUCAUGAACGCUUCUUCAGAGAACCUCACAGCCACAACAAAUAUUUCUCUCAGUUUGAAGCGGAAUGCAAAAUUCUUCAAAACCUCCAGCACAAAAACGUGGUUACGUUAUUGGAAUUUAUCAUUUCACAUACAUCACCGCCAAUGUUGAUAACUGAACUCUUGGAUUGUGACUUAAGAGAGCAUAUUCGUGAUUGUCAUCCAGGGAGGAUUCCAUAUUCAGAAACUGUCUCGAUUAUGUUGGACGUGGCGGAAGGUCUCGCGUAUCUUCAUCGGCAAAAUCCACCGAUAGUUCACCGAGACUUGGCCAGCAAAAACAUACUUCUGACCAAGGAAAAGCAGGCGAAGAUUGCCGAUGUCGGUCUUGCCAAAGUGCUUCUAAAAGGCGAACAAAAUUAUUGUUCUCCUGUACCCGGAACGCCAGUUUAUGCUGCACCAGAGACGUUUCACCUCGACUAUGAUCCAAAUUUUCCCAUUCCAAGGGGCCGGUCGCUUGUCGAAUAUGACACUAAGAUUGACAUCUUUUCACUCGGAAUCACUUUGAUGGAAGUUAUAACUGGACGGCUGCCCUCCCCACAACCAUGCAUACCUUUUACGAGCGGUACGUAUCGUACUUUUGUAAACAAUGUUAUUAACUUAACACAGUUAUGGUAAUUUUAUAAGGUGAGGUAAGACAAAGAAAAUACAGGUCCGCAAUACGUGUUUGGCCCACAAAUUCCUCACGCUACUGACACUGAAGUUUCUUAGAGAAUGUAAAACCUUAAAAUAAGAGAUGGUCAUAAACCUUGUGUAAACUUUAUCGUAGUAUAAUGUUGAAAAAAACAAACAGACCAAAAAAAUCAGAACGUCUUUGGGGCAGUAAAUGGAAGAAAAGAGGGUAUUAAUUGAAGUUAUGUAGACCCCGACCGUGAAAAGUCAUAAUUUUUGAAAAAUCCAUCAGUCAAAUUUGUUUGUUUUUCGCUUUACGUUUUGACUUACGGCAAGCGGGUGGUAGGGGCUGGGGGUGAGGGGUGAUAUCUGGGAGCUUGAGCCCACCAACGAAGUCUUUGUAGCUCUGUGGUAGAGUAUAUAAUUAGUAUCUUGAAAUCUUACUGAACCCUGUAAAAUACUCUGGAAGUUGGCUGUCAGAUGCUACUCUGUUUUUGUAGCCACGCUGGCAAGCAUUAUAAUUGCGACUUAUUAAGGUUGUGGUGCAGCAAGCUAUACUUUUUUCUCUCUUUAUUGCGCAGAUGGUCAACAAAUACCAGAAAGGGAACGUCGCAAACAUGACAUCGAGAUGAUGGGUGAGCAUAAACUGAAAGAUAUCGUCUUUUACUGUAUUAAGGACUCCCAUAAGAUGAGGCCUUGCGCCGAGAGGCUCACCAAGUUGUUUCGAUGCGAAUCUGAAAAGAUACAACAGAAAGAACGCAUUGUUGAGGGGGGUGAAACUGCAAAUAUUGAAGUUGCUGUUCUUGGAGAGUCUGGUGUAGGAAAGUCGUCUCUACUUUUACGGUAUUCUGACCAAAUCUUCAUGGAGAAAGUCCCUUCUACGUGUGGCUUGGACUUUAAGAAUUCUAAAAUCCGUCUGCACGACCGAGAGUUUACUUUGAAAAUUGUUGAUACGGCAGGACAAGAAGUAUUUCAAGCGAUGACACCACAAUUCAUACGAAAAGUUCAAGGCAUUGCUAUUGUGUAUGACGUAACUGAGGAGUCCUCCCUUACUGAAGGCGUUCCCAGAAUGUACCAGUUGAUUAAGGAUUAUGCACCAGACAAUGUGAGUUUAAUUUUAGUGGGUAAUAAAGCAGGGGAGGGAGAACGCGUCAUCACCAGAGAGGAAGGGGAAAACUUUGCCAAAAAGCUUGGCAUUAGCCACAUCGAGACAAGUGCAAAAACUGGCCUAAAUGUUGAAGAAAUGUUCUCAAUAAUUGCAAGCGAGAUCUAUGACAAUUUAGAUUUGUCUGAUAUUGAUAUGUACUUCUCAGAUGGAAGAGAUGUAAUCAAGGUCAGAAACGAUGAUCCUCCUCGUGAGAGAGGUUUCCUCGAAAAGAUUAGUGACUGCUUUAAGCCAGGGUGGAACUGGCUUAGAGGCAGAAACGAUUCACAAAGAGACCAAGCACGUACUCAGUGGUACUGCUAAGAAACUCUAUCACAGUGAAAUAACUGCAUUAGAGCUUUCCAUUGACAACACAAGACUUGAGGAAAAACUUCUUGGUGUCAUAAUUGAUCUUCAUCUUUCUUGUAACUUACAUAUCGACUAUCUAAUAAAAAGGCUGAACUCUAGAAUAUGUCUUCUUAAGAGAGCUAAAGUCCAUUUAACCAUUCAAUGCAGAAAAAUGUUAUUUAAUGCUCUCAUUAAGCCUAUUCUUAAUUAUUGUUGUACUUUUUGGGGUAAAUGUUCUGUUGAAAACCUUCAAAGGCUGCUAAAAGUACAAAAACGAUGUGCGAGAUCAAUAUUGGAUGCCACCAUUUAUGACAGCUACGUAGAACUUUUUGAUAAAUUAGGCUGGCUACCUAUAGAUGACAUCGUGCACAUUAGAAAACUCAAAGUUAGCCAGGGUCAUUGUCCUGAAUAUUUCACCUCAUAUUUUAAACAUGCUAGGUCUACACAUGGUUAUCGAACUAGAUCUCCCAUCUGUAAAGACGUUUUGACAUCAUCAUGUCAAAGAAACUUAGGGCUCAGGACUUUCCACUCAAGUGCAUAUCAUCUAUGAAAUGAUCUAGGUAACACAUACAGAAACAUAAUUUCUCUCUCAAAUUGCAGAAAAAUGCUACAGAAUAAUUUUAUCAAAGAAAACUCUUUACUAGAACAUUUCAAGAUUAGUAAGACUUUUUGAUUUUUAUAAUAAAUAAUAAUAAUUUAGUUGGAAGUGUAAUAAUUAGUAGAAUCAGUAUAAUUUUUGUUUUUGUUUUUGUUGAGGGCCAUCAUGUAAACUACCGGGCUACUGGUAAUGUAUUUCACCCUCAAUAAAUAAAGUAUUUGUUUGUUUAUUUGAUUCACAAGAUGAAAAUAACCAUUCACAAGGUGACUUGUAAGACCAUAGUUUACUGGAAAUUUAUAUUAGUCUCAUGUUGAUGUGUACAUAUGAGGCAGAGCAAUAAAAAGUAACCCAAAAAACAGCAUCAAGUUGGUGGUCACAGUGUUAGAUUAUUGCAAGAUUGAGGUGGCUAUGAACCUUCAACACAGUAUUUAAGUAACUCUGCAGAAAAUUGAAUCUUGGUUUGCAAUUUGCAUACAUGGUAAAAAUUAACUUUUAUUUUGCCAAUAUUCAAGUGUCACUGCUUAAGUAAACUUAUACACAAACAGGCUUCCCUAGUCAAUAUCAAAAUCAGGUAAAAUGGAUUAAAAGCAAUAACUGCAAUAAGUGCAUUCCCCGAUAAAAAUAUUUGCAUGAUUCACAUUUUGGCAGUAACAACUAUAAAUGCUCUUAGUUGACUCCCAGGUAUUUCCUAACAAAGAUUUCUCAGAUAACAGUUCUAAAUUUACACUUUUGAACUUUGUUUUGGCUGAAAAUUUAGAAUUUGCGGCCUGCUACCAAAACAGUUUGACUCAAUCUCUUUUUCCAUAGAUAUUUUUCACUUGUGGAGAUUCGAUGAAUUUAAAAAAGAAGCGUUAUUGUUCAAAAGUCAGCCAGUCUUUCAAGUUCUGAUGAUGUCAACUUCUUUAACUUCAUUACCAGUGUAUAUGGAACAUUUUUCUUAAUUUUUUUACAUUUUCUCUUGAAAAAAAUUAAUCCUCAAGUACACUCAGGGAUUAAUACAAUCAGAUUUUCAUGAAAAGGAUGAAAACAUCUCAUUCACAAUUUGUAGCACUAAUCAACAAUCAACUCAGAACAUGUUCAUACCAAAAGCAAUAUAAAUUUUAGCUAAAUUGUACAUUUUUCAAACAGAAUUCUUAAUCAUCAAUUAAGACCUUCUCUAUUAUACAGACUGUGCCAUCAUUCGCAGUUGUAAUUUAUCGAUAAUAUACAGCCUCUGCAAUUGAACGUUUUUUGCCCUACAGUCAGUAUGAAGAGUGUUCAAUCAAUUACCUAGGUGCACUCCAUUCUAACAUCUUUGUUAAAGCAUCUUUCCAAUGAAGGCAAAGUUGAAUCAAGCAGCAUCCAUUCAGUUUCUUGGACAUGUGAGUUACUGA